AUGGACCGAUUGUUGAGCCGCCUGUUCGAGGGCAAAAAGCUGGAGAGGGAGGCAGCGCUGACCGAGCUGCAGCGGGCCGCCCCCAGCCUGCCUCCUGCCGAGAGGGACGUCCUGGUGCAACAGGUCAUCGAGCCCCUGCUGCUCGAGGCCGCCGUGCCCAGGGACACCCUGUUCGGCAGCCUAGCCGGCGCCCGCGUCCUUGCACCCCACAUGCCCACCCCCUCGGCGACCCUGCUCGUGCCGGCCCUCCGCCACCUCCGGGAGCACCCCACCGACAUCACGUUACAGACUGCUGCAGGAGAACUGAUUGGAGCUGUGGCACAGAAAGAAGGGCCUCAAGUUUACGAGGACAGUAAAAGUCAGCUGUUGAGCAUGAUCAAAUCCGGACUCGAAAUUAACGAGUCUGCUGAUGAAAAAGACGGAAGCACUGCUGAGCAGAUUUUGCGCGCCGAUAUGACGCCAUCCAUCAGUCUGGAGGUGGCCCUGCGGAUCGUGCAAUGGGUGUCGGAGGCGUGUCGAGGCCGCAUGGCGCCGUUGAUUAACGAGGAGUUAAUUCUGCUGCUAGAAGGUGCGCUCGGCCACAGGAGUCACGCCUCCAGAGAGGCCGCCUUCUACUUGGCCGCCUCACUUGCAACUUCUUUGGCUGAGGCCGAGAAAAACAGCCACGACGGACUGGUUUGCUUUGGAGACAUGCUGCUCGAAAGGCUGGCCGCCGGUCUGGCGGACGAGUGGAGUCCUGUUCGCUUGGCGGCCUCGGUGACUGUCCGCAAGUUCUUGUGCGCGUUGCCGGACAAGAGCCGCAAGCAGUUCUACCCAAUACUUCUACCCAGAAUGUGCCUUAAUCGAUACUACGAAGCAGAAGGAGUGCGCAUCUACUCUCAAGAGACCUGGCGCCAGGUCACUGGAGCUAUGGGCAAAGACCUGGUCACUCAGAACAUGACGCAUGUCGUCGAUUUUUACUGCAAGAGUGCUAUAGCGGAUUGCCACUCAAUGCGGGAAGCAGCUUGCUCGUGCAUCUCAGAGGUGGCCACGAAAAUUCCUGCAGAGGCUGUCCGCCCGUUUGUACCCAGGCUCCUUGACGCACUUCUUGUCGGCUUCAACGAUGACAACUGGCUUGUCAGGGAUGCCGCAUGCCUAGCUUGCGGAAACAUGGCUGCGAGUUUUCCAUCACUAUGCAAAUCCAGCCUGCCAACCCUGUUACCACUGUUUUACCGUAACUUACAAGAUGUGAUACCAACCGUCCGAGCAGGGGCGGCGUCUGCUUUGGCCGGCGUGGCCAGGGCCCCAGACGUAAAUGUGCUUAAGCAGAUCUUGGAUCACGCCUAUCUAGGUCUGCGAGGCCUCGAGAAACAGCCUAAAGAAAAGCAAAAUGAGAAUAAGCAGGGAGUAAUGGGCUCCAUGACACCAAGAAUGAGCAGGACGGGCAGUAUGGACCACAAAAUUUGCAGGCCUUCUCAACCGUGGGAGUUAGCUGAUGGUUGUGUAAUGCUGGUAAUGGAGUUGUCACGCGUCCAGAAGGCCACGACUGCGGUCGCUGACAUUCUGCCGACACUCGCAGAGGCGUGUCGCUUGCGUCAUUUCUCAGCACAUCUGAACUUUCUAGAAACAGUCUGUAGAAAUCUUCCCAAAAUCGCCAAAGGUUUGGGCAGGAAAAUCUUCAAACACCACAUGGACGCCUUCUUCGAUCCAAUUUUUUACUCACUGGAAAGUGAGAACUCUUUUACCUCGAGCGCGGCGAGCCAGUGCCUGAACCAGCUGAGCAGCCUGAUUGGACCUGACAUCCUGCGAGGCCGCGUCGAGGCGAGCUGCCCGCAAAAUCUGAAGCACUUGGACGCCAACCUCUUCAUUGCUGCGUAUUAGAACAACUAUAAAAUGCCAAUUUUCUACUGCUCUGUGAUAA